UUGUCGCAUCAAAACACAGGCUCGAACAUGGCCUCCUCAGGAGAGGAAAAAGAUGAAGCACAAGACGAUCCAGUUGCCAGUGACUCAGAGGUAGUUCUUGAUCUGUGUGGCCGCCGCCUGAAGCGCCUGGAGAAGGCACCUGCCAACCAGGCCUUUGCAACGGCACUUGUCUUGGACAACAACUGCCUCCAAAACCUCUCCAACCUUGACAGCUAUGGGGAACUUGAGAGGCUUUCUAUUGCCAACAACCAAGUUGUGCGUAUGUACUGGUUUGCACGCAUGUACUCUUUGCGUGUUCUCAACCUUCCCAACAACUGCAUUGUCCAAAUUGAGGGUAUGCGGGAACUGAUCCAUCUUGUACACCUGAAUUUGGCUGGAAAUAAGAUAAAGAGUAUUGAGGGUCUAACCAAUAACCGUACCUUGGAACACCUCAACCUGUCAGGAAAUGCUAUAACUCAUGUCAACGACCUCUCCAUGCUGAAGAGUCUAAAAGAGCUCUUCCUUCACCGCAAUCGCAUCACAACCCUUUACCGAUGCAACAAGUACCUGCCAUCUAGUCUCAUCAUCCUCACUCUGUCUGACAAUGCUCUGGCUGAUCUUAAUGACCUAUCAAAUUUGUCCCACCUGAAUCUUCUGGAGCAAGUCACCAUUCUCAACAAUCCUUGCCUUGACCCUAUUCAGCCCACAGAUGAAUCAGGAGCCCCAAUUGGGCCCCCCCUUGGCUUUGAUUAUAGACCUUAUGUCAUCAACUGGUGCCUUAAUUUAAAGGUUCUAGAUGGAUACAAGGUGACUCCAAAAGAGAGCCUGAAAGCAGAGUGGCUGUACUCACAGGGCAAAGGGCGUGGCUUCCAGGUUGGAGAGCAUGCAGCACUUGUCCACUACCUCUCAGGUGUAUGCCUGGCUGGAGGGGGCUGGGGAGGAGCCGACCUCCCAGAUGAUGAUGACAAGUUGGCUAAGAUUCUCCAGCUGGCUAAGCAGCACCAGCAUGACCUGCGACAUGCAGUUAAUGGACAGGAUAACAGUGAGUCAUCCAGUGGACGAGGUAGCCGGUGCAGCAGCCACCAUGACUCUCCUGCCAUGCACAGACGCAGUGUCUCCAGGUCGACCUCCCUUAGACGAAACACGGAUAAUGUUUUGCAAGACUUUUCAAAAAGUUCAUGCAAAGAUAAGCACUUACGAUAUAAAAGAUAUCCAACCCCAUCUCGCCCUGCCCCAGUGCGUGAGUGCCACCGCCGCACCCACUCUCACUCUGCUGCCACAAGAAGUGACUCAGGCUCACGUUCCCAGCAGAGCCAGUCAUAUCAUGUAGAGCUGUCUAACACACUGUAUGGGGGAGACCUACGCACACCUGACACCCCAAGCCUUAUGACGCAGAGCAUGGACCCAGCUAUCCUGUCGCAGUUGGCUGGUAAUGGCCCAAGAGGGCAAGUGGACCCUAUGUCACUGAGCCUAGGGGCAGAACAGAUGUCUCGAUCGUUGGGCAUAGAUCCCAUGUCCCGGUCAAUGGGUGAAGAGGAGAUGAAGCGUUGCCUGGAGCUGGACCCUAUGACACAGAGCCAGGGCCCAGAGCAGCUAGCUCGAAGCUUGGCACAACCUGAGCCCUGUGGUGGACUGAUGACACGCAGCUUGGACCUAGGCCCGAUGACCAAUGGAGAGGCAGAGGUGUGGGGUGAGCGCACACUACUACCACCCACUGGCCAUCCCAGGCCUACCAGCCUCUUUGGGGAUGAGAAGGACCUGGUGCUGGAGGAUGUCACAGCCCAAGAGAGCAGUAGCCAGCUAGUGGGUUCAACCAAGUUUGUCCCAGCUCCUGAGAGCAUCAUGAGUCCUGAGUACCAGGCAGCUGUAGCUUCUGCACGCUCUGCACAGUGCCAUGGGGCCUCUAGUCAGUGUUCUUCCUCCUCCCGUGCACAACACAGUUCAAGUGCCGUUGUCCGCUCAAACUCUGCCUCCAGAUCCCAGCGCCCUCCUCCGUCCGCAAGGCCCACGUCUGCUCCUCAAGCUUCCCCAAGACAAACAGCAGUGCGGUCAUCAUCAGUUACUAGGCCUCGAGCCUCACCCAUGAAAAGUCCAGCCACUGUUGAUCUCAUACGGGGCUCCCCUUCCCGCCCCUCCCAGCGUCCUGCAAGUGGCUCCUCCUCCUCAACUGCUGCAUCAGGGCUCUCCACACUGCCUAGACCAAAGCCUUCUCCCCGACUGUCACCCAGAUAUGCACGCUCUGGCUCAGUGGAACCCUCACCAAGACGCCAAGGGUCAGCUAAGAAGAACAAAGUGCCAUCACCACACCAUGGCUACUCAGAUGCAGAUUCGGACAACACAGAUUCGGAGAUGUCUCUAUCCAAGUUGCAGACAAUCAAGAGCAUUGCAGCAGAGAGAAAACAGAGUGAAAAGCGGACACGAGACAACAGCCGAUCAUCCUCAUCACAUGCUUAUGACCCAGAAAAGUACAAGGGGGGAGCAGCCAUCAGGAGCUCCAGCAACAAUGGCCGUCGUAGGUCAAGCAACAGCAGUAGUGGAAGUAGCACAGCAACCUCAGACAUGAACAAAACACAAGCAGCCAUAACGCUGCAGAAGCACUGGAGAGGUUACCAGACAAGAAACAAUGAUCCCAAGGCAGCUAAGAUUAGGGAUGACAUCAGACAUUCCAGGGCUGAACAACACAUCAAACACUUGACGGAGAAACUGCGCAGCACCGAGGAGGCCCUUGAGCGUGAAAGACGGCUACGGCACAUGCAAUUAGAUGCCAUCCGCACUCUCUGGAGAGAAAUCCAGAAGCUGCAGGUCAAUAAGCGUGAUGGUGUGAACACCCCAUCCACCCCCAUGACCCCUCUUACCCCCCUCACACCUUUAGAUGCUAAGGAGGGAGCCACAGGUGGUCCCAAGAAGUACUCUGAAGAGAGUGUCAAAGAACUUACUCAGUUCUGCCAGUCAUUGCAGGGCCAGGUGGGGCAGCUCCAGGAGUCACUGACAAUGGUCACUCAGGUGAUGAAUGCCUUCUGCAACCUUCCUGGAUCACAGUCACUGCUGACAAUGUCACAGUCAAGUGGGUCUGGCCAUGAGCGAUCACCAGGUGGAGCAGAUUCACCUAACUCUCAAAGUGCAGGAGCUCCCACAGCCCCCCUCAGUGAGUCAGUCACAUCCUUGACACACUCCAUCCGUGCACUUACCACCUCCAUUGUCAAAUCCCCUUCAGCACAUGUGGAGAGAAGAGUGUCAGGUGAAGGCCUUAUGGAAACAUGUGGCGAGAGCAGUGGCAGAGAAGGCAGUAGGAGGACCAGCUGUGAGGGCGGGAAUUGCAGUGAUGGCUCUGAGGGUACUCCAGUUGCUUGCCAGAAGCAGCCCAGCCACCUCGACCACCUUAAAAACACUGAGAUGGUUAAUUCAGUCACAUCGUUGGCUUCAGCUGACCUCAACUCAACUGCCUUGGAUGCCUCCACACUUUCUGUAGAUUCAGCAGAAGGAGGUGAGGCAGAUGCAACAGGACGUGAUGAGGCAGAGCUCUCUGAAUCCAGCCAGUCUUCUCUUUCGGGGAGUCUCUCGGGAAGCCACUCUGGAAACCAGUCAGGGAGUUCAGCCAGACAGGCAGCUACACAGGGGCCUCCAAGACCCUCUUCCCUCCCAGUCCCACGCCCUCACACACCACGCAGCACUGCCUCCUGACCCCUGGGCCCCCCACCUGCACUUGCCCUCCCUCCCUCCCUGUACCCCACCUUGAGACCAGCUCCUCGUGUCAUCCAACACUAUGCCACCGCUCUCUUGUCCUCAGUGCUCACUGGCCUCACUCUGCCUGCUGGAAACAAACUUAAGUGAUCUAGCAAGGAAGGGACUCGCGAGAAAACCAAGACAAACAAGGAAUCAUCAGGGUUGGGGUGUUAACAAAAAAGUCAUGAUCUCAUGGAAUCUCUCUGAAUGGCUGCUUGUGUUGUUGAAGCCAUUGCCACAAGGAAAGAAUCUUUUUAUAAUGCCAAAUGUUCUCUAGUCUAAAUUUAGAUGUAUUUUAUCAUUGUCCCACAAUGAAAAGAAAAAAAUAAUAGUGAAUAGUCAUCUUUAGACAUCAAAGAAGUUGCUGGAAGGACUAUAAGAUGUACAGAACUUAGAAGGACAAGGAUGCAGAAGUGAUAAGUCAUUUAGGUUAAUGUUUUCAUUUCUUUUUCCCAACAUUUAUACAUAAGUUCAAAGCAAAAACAAAAAGGCUUGUGGUUAGGUUUAGUCAGUUUAGUUGUCAAUGAACAUUUAUGUUGAAUAUGUUACUUUUUUUCUCUUUUAUUAUUAAGAAUAUCAUUGUACAGUGUUUUUUUUAUCUAAAGUUAUCCCAUGUAGUGCAGAUGUACCAGGGUUAGUCACAACAGUAAUCAGCAUACUUACCUUUUCCUUAUGUAGGUAUGAUAGUUUGAUAACCAAGAGGAGGCUUAGUUUCUGUAUAGAUCUAUUGUCCUUUGUAAUUUUUCUCGCUUUUCAGUAUGAGCUUAUCUCUCAACAACUUAACUCAACUUAACCAUACUUCAUAUUAUCUUAUACAUACUGUAUGUGAAACUGUAUGUAUGUACAAUAUAUUGUGCCCGUGGAUGCGUGGAUGCAUGGAUGCGUAUGUGUGGAUGCGUGUGUGUGGAUUCAUGUGUGUGUGGAUGCGUGUGUG